GUUGAAACACACAUUGUUCCUUGCUAACCAGAUAUGCCAAAAGAUCCAUGGGGUAAGUUGCUGAGAGGUCAGUCCCACUGGCGGUAGUACCACUUCAUUGCGCAACCUCAUCCAACCCUCCCUUAAAUCUAAUAAUCCGCUUGCCUCAAUGCUCCUUCCGUACGGUAAGAUUUUCCAGACUUGUUGCGCAAAGGAGCAGUGCAAGAGAAGAUGAGUACUAGAUUCAGGGAGGCCACACCUUUUACAUCUGUGAUCUACCGGUAUGUUCCUUGCUACCAGAUACCUAUACAGCUCCGUGAAAUAUUCAUAAAAGGGAUCAAUGAUGGAGCAAGCAUGAAAGUGGUGCCAACCAAGAGCAUGUCUGCUACGUUGAGUGAGAAGAAAGGAGUGAUUGUGUUAGGAGAUGCAUUCAACAUGCGACAUCCAUUAAUCGCUUCUGGUAUGAUGGUUGUAUAGUCCGACGUUCUUAUUUUACGCCAUCUUCUAAAGCCACUGGAG